AUGAUUCAGAAGUCACGCCCGGCGCUGCUGCAACCUCAAGAUGUGGGAGACAGGAUGGAAACGCUCAUGUUGCACCCGACGAUCAAGGCUUUCCUGUGCGGUUCCAUCAGUGGCACCUGCUCCACCCUCCUUUUCCAGCCCCUGGAUCUCCUCAAAACGCGUCUGCAGACACUCCAGCCCACGGCCCAUGGAUCCAGGCGUGUGGGGAUGCUCGCUCUGCUCCUGCAGGUGGUCCGCACCGAGAGUCUCCUGGGCCUGUGGAAAGGGGUGUCCCCUUCCAUUGUGAGGUGUGUCCCUGGUGUUGGAAUCUACUUCGGGACCCUCUACUCUCUGAAGCAAUACUUACUGCGAGGCCAUCCCCCCACUGCCAUGGAGUCCGUCAUGCUGGGGGUGAGCUCGCGCUCGGUCGCAGGGGUCUGCAUGUCGCCCAUCACUGUGAUCAAGACACGUUACGAGAGCGGGAGGUACGGCUACGAGAGCGUCUACGCAGCCCUGCGGAGCAUCUACCGCAGCGAGGGCCACCGGGGCCUCUUCAGCGGCCUGACAGCCACACUCCUUCGUGAUGCCCCCUUUUCCGGAAUCUACCUGAUGUUUUACAACCAGACCAAAGCCAUCGUGCCCCACGACCAGUUGGAUGCAGCCCUUAUUCCCGUUGUAAACUUCAGCUGUGGGGUAUUUGCUGGGAUUCUGGCCUCACUGGUAACUCAGCCUGCAGAUGUCAUCAAAACUCAUAUGCAGCUCUCCCCAGGGAAAUUUCGGUGGAUCGGCCAGGCAGUGACAAUCAUCUUCAAAGACUACGGGCUGCGUGGCUUCUUCCAAGGCGGGGUCCCCCGGGUCCUCCGCAGGACUCUGAUGGCAGCCAUGGCGUGGACAGUCUACGAAGAGAUGAUGGCCAAGAUGGGCCUCAAGUCCUGA